AUGGAAACGAUCAAAUGUGUUCUUGUGGGAGAUCCAUCGGUGGGGAAAAGCUGGUUAAUAAGCACAUUUAUAACAGGUAGGAAUCCAGAAGGUUAUAUCCCGACUCUUUUCAACAACUACAGCAAGGUUGUUAGUACUGGAGAUAAAAAGUACAACAUGACGCUGUGGGAUACAGCUGGAAGCGAAGAAUACAACAAACUGAGGAGCUUGUCUUUUCAGGAAACAGAUGUUUUUCUGGUAUGUUACGCUGUUAAUAACAUCCUCUCGUUUCACAAUACCAGGAGAUGGAUAGAAGAGCUUGCUGAGUACGAUGUCCCGAUGAUCUUGUGUGGUACCAAGUGUGAUAUAAUCGACGGGAACAUUGUAGACCGAAACCUUCCGAUAAAGUUAAGCAAGGAGUACAAACUAUAUGGAUUCAUGGAAUGCUCUUCCAUAGAGCUAAUAAAUGUAAAAAGGGUCUUUGAUGUAGCUCUAGAGGCAGCAUUGAAGCCUCGUAAAAGCAAGUUUCGAUCGAUCUGGUUCUGCUGUAAGUGUGGAUAG